AUAGAAAUUGUCUUCGACUUGUGUACUCUUUGUACAUAAAGUUGGCAAAUAUUAAUAGGUAAUUGAUUAAAUAUUUGUUUAAUUUUUUCAAUCUUUUAUAUUACGUUUCCUACGCAAAGAUCGAUCUUUUGUACAUGUGACUUUCAGAAUAUUGAAAUGGCAUUGGAAUUGCAAUUAUUUUAUUAAUAGUGUGCAUCUUUUUACAGAAACGCCGUCUUUAGACGUGUAUGAUAGCAAUGGAUUAUUCGCAGACAUUAACUUGCGGAAAUGCUCGCAACCUUAUGCCCGUUUCUGCAAAUUCUACCGUUCCCGUGGCCCGAGGAUGCGUAUCCUGGCGGCAGAAGCUCGAGAAGGACGAGGACCCGCUAUCCGUGUCCGCGGUGCCGCAAGAGUUACACCACGAAGAGCGCCGUCACCGCUCACUACAAGUACGACUGCGGCAAACCGCCACGCUUCGAGUGUCCCUACUGCGGCAAGCUUAGCAAAAAGAAGUUCAACGUGCAGGACCACAUUAGGCAUAAGCACCCGUCGAAACCGGUGAUCUGCAACACGCUGUUCUAGGACAAGCCGCGCGGCCGGACACGGCACGCGCGAACGAAAGCGUCUCGCGCGAACCCGCGAGCGUCGAUUUAACACGCGCGUAUCGCGCGCCUCUUCACGCGCUCAUCGUCGCGUUCUCUUCCUGCCCCGCGAACAGACGAGACGGGUUUCAUCUCUUCUUUCAGACUUUUGUUCCUCGAGAUUUUUCGACGCGCUCGUCGCUAGAAUGUCGUCCCUUCGUACCUGUUUUUUUUUUUUUCCCCGAUUGAAUAUUAAUUCUAAGAUCGAGGUGUGUUUUAUACGUGCGCGCGCACGCACGCUUAUAUUCCGCUUCACACUCGAACGAUACAAAGUUUUGCGGAACAAUGUUAUGUGAUUGAAUAUUAUAUAUUUAUUUAACACGGUACUUAGAAGUGGUAGCUAUUAUUUUAGACUUGUUACGUGUUUCACGUUGUGUGCGACCGCGAAUUCGAGUAUAAUUGCACGAAUUAUGAUUACGUACUUUCAUUCGCGCUGAAACCGUAAUGUGAAUUAUUGAAAUUGCGAAAUGAACUUCAUUAGUGAAAGUUAUAAACUAUUUUUUGAAGACAUCGAGCUUAAAAUAUCGAUCGUCAGCUUCACGAAUUGACGGCGAUAUUAAUAGAGAGAAAUGUUAAAGCGUGUAAUCUCUCUCUCUCUGUUGGAGGUGUACUUUUAUUGAAAAUAAUACGAGGGCGAGUCACAAAUUUUCCACAAAGUUAUUAGACAAUAUUUAUUAUGAAAAGUCGAAUAAUAGGUCAUUUUUCUAUAUGAUGAUCAUAUUCUUUAAGACACUUCAUCAGAAAUGUUUUUCUAAUGAUGGCGUGCUUAAAGUUUGUGGUGCAUAUUCGUUCUUAAUUCUGUGAAUAUUAUGAAAAUAUUUAUUCUUUAAGUAAAUAUUUCCUUUUUAACGAUAACUUUGCGGAAAAUUUUUCGCUUAUCUGCUGAAUAAUAUCAAGGGUAUAUAUCUCAUCACCCGAGGAUGUACUUAGUCAUGUAAAGUAAACGAAUAUGCGACUGUUUUCAUGUUUCAAUAAAAGUCUUUUACCGAAUAA